AUGCACUUCCCCGUCUUUGCUAUUCUUGCGACACUCCCCCUUCUCACGACUGCUCUCGGACAUGGCUACCGCCGUGUCCAGGGCCGCGAAGUCAAAACCGAGGUCGUACUCGUCACCCAGACGGUCUAUACAACCAUGAUCCUCGCUCCAACCCCCGCCAUCAUUGCCUCAAAGGCACCCGCGCUGAGCAUCCUCACGGUCAGCAAUCCAACAACCGUUGUGCCCAUCCCCUCUCCUUCUGGCACUACACCCGCAAAGCCGGCACCACCGCCCCCAAACCCCUACAUCCCGCUGGCCUCCACCCCCAAUAACGUCAGCAUCGUAAACUCUUGCGAGUAUGAUGUCUGGGUGUCUUCUGUCGGCGGCCACGAAAGUUGUGGACCAGGCAAUACCGACUACCUCGUUCGAUCAAAGAGUAUAUACACCGAGGCCAUUCGGGUAUGCAACAACGCCGGGGUUUCGCUCAAGGUAGCAAAGACGGUAGCUGGUCUCGCGAAACCGAUGCAGUUCGAAUAUACCGUUGGGGCAGACAAGAAGUCCGUGUCAUACGAUAUCUCGUAUCUGGACUGCAUGGUCAAGAACGGCACGGAGGUCAAGGACUUUAGUGGGUGUGUUGGGCAGGAGAAGGGGAUCCAGGCUGCUGGCGGGAAAAAUUGCAAGGAAUAUCAUUGCGUGCCUGGGGUCGAGUGUGCGCAGUUGGCGUAUACGGAGCCGGAGUUUGGGGGAAAGGAGAACGCGCCUGUUGGCACUUGUGGAGUUGAUGGCGGAGUCGCAUUUGAGAUUUGUGCGGAGAAUAGGAAGUGA